UAAUAACGACCACGCUGGCAACGGUGCCGGUCAGCACAAAGCAGCUAUCACCGGUGGGCAAAGCGAUCGGUGGUGGUGGCGGUGGUGGCGGCAGUGUGGACAGUAGCGGAAGCGAUCGUAGCAGCGGGAGUACCACGGCCGCUGAGAUGGUAGCGUACAAUCUGAGCGGUGAGAUCGGUGAUGGUGUGGGUGUAGGCAAAGGUGAUUCGCCCGGCAAUCAUCUACAUCAUCUGCACCACCACCAGGGCAGUAUCGGGAGCAGUGCGUCCUCGGGUUUGCUAGCAGUUGCUGCGGGCAGUAAUGUGGGUGGUACGGUGAGUGCGGGCACGGUCGGUACCAUUGCCUCGUCCGCUUCGUCGAGCGCGAGUGCCAGUGUGCCGCUGCUGCACCACCACCACCAUCACCAUCUGCAUCACCACCUGCAUCAGCAUCUGCACCCGGGUGGCUCUGCCGCUUCUGCCGCCGAUCUCAACGCCGUACCCAUCCCCAGCAAACGAAACCUCUGAUGAGCCUGUGAACGAUCGGAACGCCUGCAUCAUAUCACUGACUACGCGCCCGGGUUCCGGGAUUCGCUUCUGAAGCGAUUGGACUUGGAAGCAAAACUGUUGAACGCGCGCGGGUAUCAGUUGAGAUAGAUAGUUGAUGACAGCAACAUGGGCUUUGGCGAUUUGUACGCGGUGAUAGAGACACAGCAGUAGAAGGCGAGUACGACGACGGCGACGAUGCUCCAUCGACCGGUAUGUGGAUCGCGAUCGAUACCACGGUGUGGCGUAGCACACUUUGUAGCAUCCUUUUGCAGUGUUUGUUACUUUUUAGGCAUUUUGUUUUGCACUUCUGCUACGAACACUAAACCAUUCCCUGCCCUUUAACAAACAAAAAAAACCGCACUGCAGUGUAGUUAUUUGUAAAAAACAAUGUAACAAUUGUGUCAGUUACACGUACACUCUCUGUAUAUGUCGCUGUUAGCUGCUCAUACUGCUGUCCCUAAAUGUGUGCAUUUAUAGUGAUGGUCUCUCAGUAAGAGCGGUGACGGAACCGCAAGGGGGAAACGAAUCUGUCUGAUGGAUGCCCGGCCAUCUCAUUCCUGCACGCCUGCACGCGUUAGAGUUUUCGGCAGAACAAACAUUUGUAAAACGGAAAAACAACACGCAUUGUAAAUAGUAUUUUCUACGCCCUGCAGUGGGCGAAACGAAAGGUAGCACGCAGUGCGGAACUGCACGGACAUCUGUCACGAAACAUUUUUAGGAGACAUGAAUAUCUGGGAGGUGAUGAUGUACUAGAUGUGCGUGUGUGGCAUCGCUCACGAGGUUAAUAGGAACGUAUUUAAUUAAAAAAAAAACAAACGAAACAAAAGCAAAACAAGAUACUAUUGAAACUAGGAAUCGUUUACAAGAUGUCAUUUGUGGAUUUCCAUCGUGUCACUCAAGCAAGCAAUACAUACCAUCUUCAAAUACCCAUGACAGGACUGUAGUGUUUUGUUACAAAAACAAACAAAAAAUGGCAAACUAAAUCUAAACAGGGAAGAACGAGCGUGUGAGAACAGAGGUCGAAGAAGUGAUGGUGGUGAUAACGAAGCGAGUGAUAGAAUCAAUCAAUCAAUGUUGGUGGCUGAAUGUAUAAACAAAACAAAGUAAGAAACACAACUGUAUAGCUAUACUAAUCGUAAGCGUUCGUAAAUCGCGCAGUACCACAAGAAUCUAGUUUUAUUUAACACAAGCGACACUAGGGAAGGCAUUGUCCACGGGCGGAAUCAACAAAACAAUCCGGACAAUGGUUUAUGGUUAGCGUUGUUAGUUAGUGUACUCUCUCUCACACCAUCCCACACCAAGCGUAGACUUUCCCAAUUCCGAGUCAUACUUUCCGGCCAUGCUGCUGUCCGCUGUCCGCUCUCCCUACCCGUGCUUGGAUAGGGAAAGCUGGGUUGGGUGGCAUGUGACGCACGCCCAGCUUUUUAAAACCUUGAUUUCCGUACGUUUGAGGUGGUGAUCACCUUGCGCAGCAGUAUGGAUGGGGCGGCGCGCCAUUAAUUAUUGAGUUUUAUUCGUGGGGUUAAGGCGAAAUGAAGCCGAAAAGCGUGAUGGAACACAAUCCUACUCAUACAAGCGCCGUGAUUUGAUUGUAGAGCGGCACGGAAAUUCAUCCAACAUGUAUACACGAAAGCCCUUCUGACACACACAGUGAACAUUGGUGCGAGUUUGCACUGUGUUCUGCAGGAAUGAAAGUAAAAGGAAAACCCCCAACAAUCAAUGAUGAAGAGAGAGAGAGAGAGACAGACAGACAGAGAGAGAGAGAUUGAAUGGAAUAUAAGGGCUUGAAGGGGGCCCUUUUCCUUCUUCCCACACGUACCAUAGGAAGCGAACUAGGAAAGGAAGCAAAUUUAGGAAGGAAGAAAUAAAAACAA